CAAAUCGCGCAAAAGCACAGAAUGUCCACUUAAAGUACUUCUAAACGUAAAAUAUUGUAUGAUCCCAGAUAAUAUAUAUUGACAAAAACAUUUAUUGUCCAUUAUAAACGUUUAUUUUCUGACAGAAAUAAAUCGCUUGCUCUGAGGAGGUUUGAAUGAACGGGGGGCUGUAGAGAAAUUCCUCAGGGUGUGAAAGUGGGAAGGGCCGAACCAAACACGAGCUUUUGGGCUGAUAGCGAAGCCCGUACUGAAUUUCCCAUCAGAUAAAUCCCAUUUUUGUAUUUUAUUUACAAUAUUUAUCACAUUAAACUAGAGAUAUAGGUACACCGUCGCCGUGAUGGGAGGCAACAGCAGCUCGCGCCACGUUUCCCUCGACGAUGAAGCCGUUGAGGUAACAUUCGUAAAGGGCAUUCGGCUUUCAGAGAGAGUGAUUGAACGAAUGAAGGAGUCUCCACCUGUGGUUCGCCCGCAAGCACCAACCAGAUCCUUUAUGCAGUCACCAUCAACUCCUCCUGUGGUUCCUCUGGUUGAGUGUUCAGUUCCAAAUGAACGUCAUGUGCCCAUAAUGCCUCAUUCUCCAUCAUACGCUAGUGCUUUGGUCCCUCCUCCUCUUUCGAAGCCAAUAACACCUUUAGUGCCUCCUGUGACUGAGGAAACAUCUACACCACCUUCAUCUGUAGAGUCACCUACAGGUAAUGAGCAUGUAGUUGUACCUGAUCCUCAACCUGCUGAACCCAUAAAUGCUCCUUCACGAGUCUCAAGUGAACCACUAACUGCUCCUCCAUUAGUGGAACCAACCAGUGCACCUGUUGAACCCUUAAUACCACCUCCUGUCACAACCUCUACUACUGAACCUGUAACCAUUCCACCUUCACCAACUACAGACCCACUUACUGAACCUGUAACAUCUUUAGAGUCCUCUGUUGAACCUGUAGUUGUACCUACUGAACUUCUCGUUCCAUCUGCUGAACUGAUUGAACCUGUAGAGACUCCAUCCUCCUCUACUUUAUCUGCUGAACCAACAUCUGCUGACGCCAUGGACUUACCUGUUCCUCCACCUGUUGAGCGUGAGACUUCACACUUCCCAAUCUCCAUACCUGAUCCCAUUCCAUCAAUCCUGGAGGAGUCUACUGUGUCACCAUCUGCUUCAGAUGUGGUUUCGCAUGAUGAAAUGCCUUCCAAGAUGCAAAUGGGUCCACUUUCAAUUGAAAAACCUCUGGUUCCUCGUCUUCCUCCAGUUGAGGAACCUGUUGUUCCUUCCUUAAUCGACCAAGUCGAGGUUUUUCAACCUCAAACACAUGUUGUGAAUGAGGAAAAGCUCCGGAAGCAGAUUAGAGAAGAUCUCCAGAAGCUCCUGAACGAGGAGAUGAAGACGGCAGAGCGUAAUAUGCUACAACAGCUGGAGGAAGAGAAAGCUAAAGCUAAGGCCCAGGCUCAAGCCGCAGCCCGACUCCAGAUUCAGGAAGAGGUCCAGAAGGUUCUGGAAGAGGAGAAGGCGUCCUAUCAACAGACUCUAGCUGAUGCCAUUAGGAGGGAGCAGGUGAACGUUCAGGAUGAGCGCCUCAUAACUCAGUAUUAUUGGAUGGAGAGGAAGGCUCAGAAGCUGGAUGAGAAGGAGAAAGAUCUGAAAAAUCAGGACACUCUGUUCCGGGAGCAGAUCGCCAAGAUGCAAGAAAAGACGGUUCAAUUCACUAAAGUCACAGCUGAAAAUUACAGGAAAGGCUUAGAAGACGCAACCAACCGAUUCAGACGAUACCAAAUCCAGCCAGUGUGUUUGGAUCUACAGAGUCAGAUAAUGAAGUGUUACGCUGAGAAUAAAGGUCAAACUAUGAGCUGUUCCAACAUCGCAUCACUGUACAUUCAGUGCGUGGACCGCGCCAAACAGGAUAAAAAGUUAAGCACUGGAGGUUAACUUACCGGCCUGAACAUCAGAUCUACAGUGUCAUGGUGAAAGAAAAAGGGCAGAAAAUACACACAUCUAAACCAGUCCUAAAACUCCAGACCUUUAUAGCAAAAUGUGCCAGUUAAACAUUUCCCACUGGAAGCGUGAGAGAAUUUCAUCCCUACAGAAAAAAAGGAAAUUUUACACAUUUUAGCAGUUUUGAAUAUGCGUUUUCAUGAGCCAUGAUUGGACAUUGAUAGUGAAAUACCUCAAACUCUUUUAACUGUGAACCGUGAGCUAAAUGUUUUCAGCGUUGUUUGUCUGCACAGACAUAGUAAUGUUUCUUGAUCAGUAACCCUUUGUUUCAGAAAAAUAGUGCACACUUUUUUACAUGACCAAAAAAUACAAAGCGAUGCACAAUCUGGAAGCUGCUGUGUGAGGACACAUUUUUGCAUAGUAAAAAGUUUGUGCCUUUUCCUUUGAAA